AUGAAUGGACUCUUUGUACUCUUCCUUCUGAUCUAUCUGAUGACUCUUAUCAUAAACCUCCUAAUUUUCUUCUUGGUCCUCACUGACUACCAUCUGCACAACCCCAUGUAUUUUUUUCUCAGCAAUUUGGCUCUUCUGGACAUGUCUUAUUCGUCAGUGACCGGACCAAGAAUGCUUUUCGACUUGGUCACCAAAAGCCAAUCAAUACCUAUUCCUGCCUGUACAGCCCAAGUCUUUUUCUUUCUCUAUUUUGCUUGCUCGGAACUCCUUUUGCUCUCUGCUAUGUCCUAUGACCGAUACAUCGCUAUCUGCCGCCCUCUACAUUACCCACAAAUUAUGUCCUUGAGGGUAUGUAGUCAUAUAGCUGUUGUGAUUUGGGUCGUUGCAUUUAUUUAUGCCAUGGUUCAUACUCUAUGUUUGCUCCGGUUGUCCUUCUGUGGUCCAAAUUAUAUCCACAACUUCUUCUGUGACCUUCCACACUUGUUCCAGACUACAUGUACAGACCCCGCCAUAAACAUAUUGCUUGUCUUCACAAUGGGCGGCAGUGUCUCACUAGCAGCCUUUCUUUCCACAUUUCUUCCAUAUGUCCGGAUUUUCAGUACCGUUCUCCGAAUCCCCAGCAAAGCUGGAAAGCUGAAAGCUUUCUCCACCUGCACCUCACAUCUCACGGUGGUCUUCAUCUUCUACGGCUCCGCAAUUUUUAUAUACUUGGUUCCCACCUCCAGCAAUAUGUUUAGUAUGAACAAACUGUUCUCAGUCAUGUAUGCUCUCAUUAACCCUUUGCUUAAUCCUCUGAUCUACAGCCUGAGGAAUGCAGACCUUAAGGCAGCAUUCAUGAGGAGUUUAAAUCCCUCCAAAAACUGA